AUGUACUUGGUCACGGUCACUGGGAAUCUCCUCAUCAUCCUGGCCAGCGUCACGGACCCCCACCUGCACACCCCCAUGUACUUCUUCCUCUCCAACCUGUCCUUUGCCGACAUCGGCUUCACCUCCACCACCGUCCCCAAGAUGCUGCUGAACAUCCAGACACAGAACAAAGCCAUAACCUACGCGGGCUGUCUCAGCCAGGUGUUUUUCUUCACAUUUUAUGCAGGUGUGGACAACUUCCUCCUGACAGUCAUGGCCUAUGACCGGUUUGUGGCCAUCUGCCAUCCCCUGCACUACAUGGUCAUCAUGAACCCCCAGUUCUGUGGCCUCCUGCUUCUUGCAUCCUGGGUCUGCGUGGUCUCCCUGUUCUACGGGACGGCGCUCGGCGUGUACCUCAGCUCCGCCGCUACCCACAACUCCAGGGAUAGUGCAACAGCCUCGGUGAUGUACACGGUGGUCACCCCCAUGCUGAACCCCUUCAUCUACAGUCUCAGAAACAAGGACAUAAAGCAGGCCCUGGUGAGGCUCUUCAGCUGCAGAGCAACCCCAAUGUGA